AUGCGCGUAACUCAGUAUCUUUCCGUCCUGCUGGCCUUCGCCACCACUGGCAUUCUGGGAAAGAAUGUCGUUGGUUACUACCCUUCGUGGAAGAAGCAGUACAUCGACUCUAUGGACCUGAGUUUGUACACGCAGAUCAACUUUGCCUUUGCCAUCCCCGCGCGCGACGGAUCCUUCUCCUUUGACGGGGAUUGGUUCCUGCCGCAAGUCGUCUCGUCCCUGCACAGCAAGGGCGUCAAGGCCGUCAUGUCCAUCGGCGGCUGGACCGGCUCCAACUACUUCUCGCUGAUCCUCAAGGACGCGACCGCCAGCGCCAACAUGAUCCGCAACAUCAUCCGGUACAUCCAGGCCAACAACCUGGACGGCGUCGACCUCGACUGGGAGUACCCGGGCCGCCUCGGCGACAACUGCAACGCCUUCGACCCGCAGGCCGACUCCGCCAACUACCUCGUCUUCCUGAAGAAGCUGCGGUCGCAGAUGGACGCGACCUUUGGCGCGCGCGGCAAGCUGCUGACCCUCGCCCUGCGCGUCGAGCCCUUUGACGGGCCCUCCGGCCCCCUCAAGGACGUCUCGGCCUACGCGGCGGUGGUCGACUUUGGCAGCCUGAUGCAGUUCGACAUCAACGGCGGUUGGAACAACGUAACGGGCCCCAACGCGCCGUUCAACUUCCAGCCCGGCGGACCGGGCUUGCAGGUGUCGUUCGUGUCCUCCAUCGACGCCUGGACGGCCGCGGGGUGGCCGGCGGCGAAGCUCAACGCCGGAUACGGGUUCUACGGGCGCGCGACGACGGCGCUUGUAGAUAUGAGGAAGGACCCGAACAACCAGUACCAGCCGCAGUCGAACGUGGUGCCGCUCGGCGAUCGCGAGGACGCGCCGUGGUACGACGCCUGCGCGGGCGCGACGGCAAACUCGGGCACGUGGCAGUGGAAGCACCUCCGAGACCAGGGUGUGCUUUCGAGCCCGACGACGGCAAGCGCGCCGUGGGUGCGGCAGUGGGAUAGCACGUCGCAGACGCCGUGGCUGUUCAACCCGCAGACGAAAACGUUCAUCUCGUACGACGACCCGCAGAGUCUCAAGAUCAAGGCCGAUUAUGCGGCGUCAAAGGGCUUGGCGGGCGCGAUGGUCUGGUCGCUGAACAUGGACUCGCCGACAAAUGAUUUGCUGAAUGUUAUUCGACGUUAA